AUGUCUAACCGCGAAAUUGUUCAUCCAGAGCGGUUCCAAUUAGUUUUACAAGAACUUACUAACGAACAAGAGGACAGUGACAACAACAAUGCAUCGGAUAAUGAUGGUGAGGAGUAUAUCGAAGAAAGUGACCAUCUAACAGACUCGGAAAUCGACUUCAACGAAGUUCACGAAGAAGACACCGAUGAUUCACCGGACAACGAUCCAGAAAAUAAUGAAUCUAAUUAUUUUAUAAAAACUAUUUACAAAACGAAGACUGUAAAAGGCCGAAAAAUCAAGGAAGUUUCAGAAAUUCACAAAUGGAAAGAAACUCCGUACAAAAGUAAAUUUUCAAAGAUAUCUCGUAAAAACAUUUUACGCAAUGUGGGGCCGUUUUCUAAAAAUUGUGACGAUGUGAAUGACGAGUUGUCCGCCUUCUCCAAGAUCAUCAACACAGAUAUGAUUGAUAUAAUCGUGAAAUAUACAAAUUUAUACAUAAGAAGAUUGAGACCGGAAGCCUUUGCCGGAAAUAAUAAACAAAACAUAAGUGAAACAACGAGGGAUGAAAUGAUGGCGUUUAUAGGUAUUCUAUACUUAUUAUGGAUCAAAAAGAUGUCAAAAGUAAACAUUUGGGAGGCCUGGGCUAGUGAUGGCACAAUAGAGAUUUUACAAGGCAUAAUGGGAAUAAAUAGGUUCAAAUUCCUCAUAAGUUUCAUUAGAUUUGAUGAUAAAAGCACAAGAAAUGAACGAAAGAAAAUCGAUAAACUAGCUCCAGUAAGGGAGUUUUUCGAUUUGUUUGUUCAGAACUGUAAACAGUUCUAUACGCCUAGUGAAGAGUUGACGAUUGACGAAAAAUUGGAGCCAUAUCGUGGUAGAUGUUCGUUUUUCCAAUAUAUACCGAGUAAGCCAGCCAAAUAUGGCUUGAAAAUAUUUACGCUCACAGACUCAAAAACAUUUUAUACGCUAAAUCUCGAAAUUUAUUGUGGAACCCAGCCCGAAGGCCUUUAUCUUGUAAGAAACAGCGCUAUAGAUAUAGUUGACCGUUUGAUCUCCUCGUGGAAAGGAACAAACCGAAAUUUGACAACCGAUAAUUGGUACACUAGUUUGCCAUUAGCAAAGUUUCUUCUGAAUAAUGGUAUAACCUUGGUUGGAACUUUAAGAUCCAAUAAGAAAGAAAUACCUCUUGAAUUCUUGCCUUCGAAGAUCAGAUAA